GCAUCUUUCGGUUUGGGUUACACCUUAAACGCUUUCCAAGAUGCUAAGGCGAAAAACGCUCCUUAUGUGUCACUGUAAUGAACAUUAUACCGUAAUAAACAGCGUAUAAUACAUCGGGUUCGCGAUGGAUGAAGAAGACAAAGGGCAGACAUGUCAUCUCCUGGAUUUGCCGUGGGAGGACGUUCUUGUUCCACACAUAUUGUCCUAUUUACCGCUGCAGCACAUUGUGAGCCUGCAGAGGGUCAGCAAGCAGUUCCAAACACUGGUCCAGGUGUAUCUGGCCAACUGCAGGACCUUUAAUGUUUCUUCCAUUGGACCAUGCAUCCCCAAGGAAGCAUUUUGCACAAUGUUAAAGGACAAUAAAGUUCUCCAGAAACUGUCCCUUCAGAACUGUUCACACUGGGUCACAGACAAAGAGUUGCUUCCUGUUAUCGGCCAAAACCAGCAUCUGCAGAGGAUAGACAUGAGCGGCUGCGCCUCCCUCACCUGCCACUCCUUGGUGGCUGUGUCCUUGAGCUGCACGCAUCUCCAACAUCUGGGCCUGGCUCACUGCGAGUGGGUGGACUGCCUGUCUCUGCGCAGUCUGGCUGACCACUGUGGGGGGCUUCAGUCGAUCGAUCUCACCGCCUGCCGCAAGCUGAAGGAUGAUGCCAUCUGCUACCUGGUGAAAAAGUGUUCCGAGCUGAAGUCACUGUCUCUGGCAGUGAAUGCUAACAUUACGGACGAGUCGGUGGAAGAAGUGGCCAAGAACUGCAGGAGUCUGGAACAGCUGGAUCUGACAGGCUGUCUGCGAGUCAAGAAUCAGUCCAUCAGGACUCUUUCUGAGUAUUGCCCAAAGCUGCAGUCCCUGAGGGUAUAUCACUGUCACAACGUGACGGAGUCGAGCCUCGAUCCUCUGCGGAAGCGUAACGUAAUUAUUGACGUUGAGCCUCCUUUACCAAGGGCUCUGGUGCUGCUUCAGGAUAUGCUGGGGUUCGCUCCUUUUAUCAAUCUUCAGAUAUAACCGAUGGGUAAUACUUGCAACAAGUCCACAAAGUAAGGGCGACUGACGACGACUGUCACUUAGUCUGACAACAUAUGAUGCACAGUGUUUUUAAAAAACAAAUUUAAGCUCCAGGAAUUCAUGGAUAUGGAAUCAGAAGAGAAAAAAGAGGAAAUCUCACUGGAAUGUGGUGAAGGAUGCAAAGUCUGGAUGAAUUUAACUGAAAAAUAACCACUUCUGGAACUCAAAUUGUGUUUUUUGCCUCGCUGCUUCCUGUCCAAAACCUAUUUCUGCACUUUUUUUUUUAAUUUUCUCUUGAUGUUUAAGAGCGCAUUUCAAACCAAAAGUAUAGCAUAAUGUUUUGCUGCUUGUUAAGAACAAAAUGCAAAGUUACAACAAAUCUUUAUGUUUUAUUAAGAAACAUAAAGAAUGCUUGAGUUUAAUAAAACCUUUUGUUUUGCAUGUGUUUACUUACUGAAAGGAAAUAAUGAUCCAAAAAACACAAAAGCAUUCCCAAAGCUCUCACUGCUACUACUAGAUAUUGUUAGCGUAUUUAUUAUUUAAAGUUACCACUAAGGAGAAAGAAGUGCUCGCCAUGGACACGAUUUCUAGAAACUGCUUACUUUUACCUGCUUUCUAAUAAGGAAAGCUGAGACUUUUAGCCUGAGCAGAAGCUCGUAAAUAAUGAAAACCAUGUAUGUAGUUUGUGCGAUGUGAUUAAAGUGACUCUUGAAUUCCUGUUGGUAUAAAUGCACAGCUUCAGCACUUAUUUCAAAUCUAAGAAUUUAUUCAGAAGUGUCUUAAAAGGUGUAAUAGGAAUUCAUUUAGCAGUUAUUGUCUUUGUGAUAAAGCACAUUAAUUGUAUAAGCAGUUGAAUAAAUAUAAAAAAAAUCAACCUAAA